AUGCAACCAGCCAAAUCGGGCCCGUACCGGGCCGGCCCGGCCCGGCCCGCCCGUCCGCAGCGGCCCCUGGACCCCCGCCAGCGGGGAUGGGCGUGGGCCCCGACGGCCACCGCCCCGCCAACGCGGGCUCCGGAGGAGAGAGUGAGCCCCACCCGCUACGCCAGCCCCGGACCUACCUGCAGAGAGCGGGGCUCCUGGACAGGCACGGGCCCGAGGGCGGGCGUCGAGGCGGCCGGAGCCCGUCCCAGGGACCCCAAGUGUCCCCGGUGGGGCAGGGCGGGCAGAGACGCCGGGGGGCUGCCGCGGGCCAGCGCGGCCCGUCGCGGAGGUCGCGGGGACCUGGCUCUCCCCUCAGCACCAGGCCGCCGCCGCCGCCGCCAUUUUGCCUUCCACUCGGUGUCGCCGCCGCCGCACUCCGCUGCAGGUUUCCCGGAUGUGGGCAUUUCCCGGCGUCGCUUGCGCGGGGGCCGAGGACUGGGGGCUUCUGCCCGCCCGGCCGUGGGGAGCCGGCGCGCCGCCGCCGGCCUCCCGCCCUCCGCGGCCGCCCGUCCCCCUGCGUGUGCCCGCGCGUCGCCCCGCGUCGCCCCCGCUUUGCGCUCCCCAGGUGUCUCGCCACGGCUGAUGGCGUUCGGCUCUCCGCCUCCCAAGCCCACUCAUUUAGUUCAGUGUCUUUCUCAAUUGAGCGCUUUCUGUGGAAGGACGAAUGUAGAAUAA